CUAUUAAAAGUGAAAAUGUUGAUAAAUUCGCAGUUCUAGGUCUCUCUCCUCUCUCUCAUCCGUCUUCUCUCUCCUAGGGCUUUCUCUCUCCUCUCUCUUCUCUCUCCUCUCUCCAGAAGGGCAAAAACCCUAAAGAGCUGUUUUAGUUGUACAACUCCCCAAGUAAGGUUUUCUUUUCGGGUCCCUUGGGUUGCUGAGGAAAUGUCGGGAUUAUCGAAAGCUUGGAUCUUGAAACCCUGAAUGUUUUAUGCCCAACGCAAUGAGAAAAAGAAAAUGGAAAAGGUUAAUCGUCUGCUAUUUAGCAAUUUAGCUUGGUUAUAUUGGGAUUUUCGUAUUUUGGAUAGCACGAUGAUUAAAAAUAAAAUAAAAGCAUCAUACAAUAAUUUUGGAUUUUUUUUCAAUCCUCCAUUUGCUCAGUAAGCAAAUGCAUAAAAAUGGAAACGGACGUGUGGUGCUGUUUUUUUUUUUUUUCCCUCAGGCAUCUCUGGUUCUUUGUUCAACUUAGUUGUUUUCUUGAACUUUGCUUGAGAAACCUUCGUUUCAGUGUUUUGCCUUCCCUUCUAUGCCUUGUGUUUGAUUUCUGUAACUUUGAAGAUUAGGCCUUGUUCACCUGUUUUUACCUUUAUGCUCUAUUUGUUAGAGGACUAAAAAGGGGAAAAGGUUUUGGAAUUUUUGUUUCAUGAUUUUCAUUAAUAAAACAGAAAUGGAUAUUAUGUUUUGAUUCCCAAAAAAAAAAAAAAAGGAAAAACUAAAACUUGUAUUAGGCUAUGCUGGGUGGGGAGAGGUUUUUUCUUUUUAUCAUUUUUUGGCUUUAGUUGCCAAAUAAUGAAAAGAGUUUCUGGAAUCAAAACUUUUAUUUGAUUUCCAUUUCUUUCCCUUCCCAGUUGUUUUAUUCAGGUCUUGAGGGUUUUGUGCAUGAUGGUUAUUACCGGACUACAAAGCCACUAAUUGUUACUUGGAAUAAUUGUUACCUGCAAACCUGAUAAAGAUUGCAUCUUUUUAUUGUUACUUCCUCAACCUGUAGUUCUCUAAUGGAUGAUGAUGGGGGAUUGAACAUGCGCAAUUGGGGAUAUUACGAACCGGCCUUUAAAGGGCAUCUCAAUCUGCAGCUCAUGUCAUCCGUGGCAGAGCGUGACACUAAACCCUUUUUACCUGGCCGGGAUUCUCCCUUGAUGGUUAGUGCCAAUGGAGCCUUUCACCCAAGGGAUUGCAUGGUUUCUGAAGCACCAGUACACAUGGACUAUGUGAGAGACAGUUGGAUAAACCAGAGGGAUAAGUUCCUAAAUAUAUUACCUGGAAACUCAAAUUUUCAGGUUCUUCCAGAAGCUCCCCUUGGAAAAGAGAAGUUUUACCAUUCGACCGAAGCUCAUCCCAUGCAGAUUAUACAGCAGCCUGAACCAUCAAAAGAUGAGAGGGUUGGCAGGAUGGAAGAUUCAGACCUUAAAAAGGAAGGCGGCCCUUUGAAGAAAAGGACAGGUGGUGGAGCCCCUAAAACCCCAAAAAUUAGGAAGACUAAGAAGGGGCCUUCUGUGCCAAAGGAUGGUACUAACUCUUCUGUUCAACGUGUGAAACCAGCGAAGAAAAAUAUGGAUGUUGUCAUAAAUGGGAUUGAUAUGGACAUUUCUGGUAUUCCUAUACCUGUUUGCUCAUGCACAGGAAACCCACAGCAAUGUUAUCGUUGGGGAUGUGGUGGUUGGCAAUCAGCUUGUUGUACCACAAGUAUAUCAAUGUAUCCGUUGCCUAUGAGCACCAAACGGCGUGGCGCAAGGAUAGCUGGACGGAAAAUGAGUCAAGGUGCGUUCAAGAAGGUGUUGGAGAAACUUGCAGCUGAAGGUUACAAUUUUGCCAACCCAAUAGAUUUGAGGCGUCACUGGGCAAAACAUGGUACCAACAAGUUCGUAACAAUCAGGUAGAUUUGCAUGGUGGGUAAAGUUACCGGGAGGCAGGUUGCAUUUGGUCUGUUUCACCUGUAUAUAUCUAUGGCCUUUUGCAGUGGUUUAUCAGAUACUUUUCCAGUCCAUGAAUUUUCACAGUCAUGAUACAUGUUUUUGAAAUUCAGACAUCUGUGGUUCUUGAGAACUGUUGUUAGUUUUCCUUUUCUGCUUGUGUUUCAAGGGCUACCAAUAUUUUCUGCCCUCCAGGAUUUAGGAUUAUGGACAAAUUAUUAUUUACUGGAUCCUUUUGGAGUAAUCUCCUUUAAUCGUUAAAUCUAACAUUUGGGAGAAGCAAUUGAAUGCUCAUUUCUCCAAUUUUGUUUCA